AAGGCAACACAACCCAUGUGAAUGCAACACCGCUACAGCACAACUUCGUGGGGCGACGAGACACUUAAAAAAUGGCUGCCACUACAACCGACAGUGCCGAAAAAGAUAGCCCAUCACAAAGCAUUCCAAACGGGGCAGUGCUAUCAGAAGAUGCCAAGGAGGAAACGGUCGCCCCGAAUCAGGAACCGGGCGAAAGAGAGGCUAUACAAAUGGAAGAACUGAACGGCGAUCGAGACGAAGAGGAAGGGGACUUAAAGCCUCUCGUUGUGCCUCUUGUUCCCGAAACCGUAGCAGCAACAGGGGAGGAUGAUGAUGAAGAUGAGAUGGGCUGCGAGAUCGAGGAGAGUCUUAUGGAUCAUAGCCCAGCGAGCGGUAGCGACACCGGAGAUUGCCCGGAAAAGGAGCCGAAGCGAGAACAAAUGGAGACAUCGUCCAAUGAUUCCAUUAAGCCGAGCAAAGACAACGAUGGCACCGAGAAAACCUGCGGCGGGGGUAGCGACACCAUCAUGGGACGAGCCGGUGUGGAGAUGUCAUUGCUGGACGGGGAGCCCCUCAGCCGCGUGGACUCAGAAGACAGUAUCAGCAGCACCCUGAUGGACAUGGAGAGCACCGUGUCCAGCGGCCGCUCCACGCCCGCCAUGAUGAACGGGCACGGCAGCGCUGCGUCCUCCGCUGCCAAGAGGGUGUCCUACACCUGCUGCUGGGACCAGUGCCACAUCUGCUUCGAGUCCAGCCCCGACCUGGCCGAGCACAUCCGGGGCCUGCACGUGGACGGCCAGCGCGGGGGGGUGUUUGUGUGUCUAUGGAAGGGCUGUAAGGUGUACAACACGCCGUCCACAAGUCAGAGCUGGCUCCAGAGACACAUGCUGUCACACAGCGGAGACAAACCCUUCAAGUGCGUGGUGGGCGGCUGCAACGCCACCUUCGCCUCCCAGGGGGGGCUGGCGCGCCACGUGCCCACCCACUUCAGCCAGCAGAACUCCUCCAAGCCCUCCAGCCAGUCCAAGCUGAAGGAGGAGUCGCCAUCCAAGGCCGGCCUCAACAAGAGGCGGAAACUCAAGAACAAGCGCAGGCGCUCCCUCCCUCGGCCGCACGACUUCUUCGACGCCCAGACCAUGGACGCGAUCCGCCACCGAGCCAUCUGCCUGAACCUGGCCACGCACAUCGACAGCCAGGGCAACGGACACAGCGUGGUCUUCCACAGCACGGUAAUUGCAAGGCGAAAGGAGGAUUCUGGGAAGGUGAAGGUCCUCCUGCACUGGACUCCAGAGGACAUAUUGCCCGACGUGUGGGUGAACGAGGCGGACCGGCCGCAGCUGAAGACCAAGGUGGUGCACCUGUCCCAGCUGCCCCAGGACACCGCCGUGCUGCUCAACCCCAACAUAUACCGGAUGUUUUUUUAGACUCCGGAGAAGCGCCUGUCAUCGCCUGCUGCUGUACCUGAGGUUGAGGGUGACAAACUGGCCCCCGUCCCAGCCAGAAAGGUGUCCUUCCUGUCUUUCAAAAGGUCUCAAUUGCACCAAAGUAUGCAGCCCAAAUUAGAGCUUUCCCCCACCCCCCCAAGUGGUUCUAAAAACUCUCGUAAAUGCAUACUAUCAAGUGUGGAACUUGAGUAAGACGCAUUUAGGAUUGUUUUAUCUGUUUUCUUCCUUUAUUUGUUUUUUUACUUUACUACAUUACUACUCCUAGAUGGGUUUGUUAAUAGUGUUAAUUUUACACAACAGUGUAACACACUGAUCUUUGUAGAAGCCUUGAAGCAUUUAUAGAGAUAUAGUUGCUUGUAAAUAUUUGAGCAGAUUUGUAAUAUAUUUUUAUAUCAUGAAAUUGUACUGUAGAUUGUUUUCCUUUUUUUAUAGAGAUGAGAAAUUGUAUAUAAUGCGAGAGGUAUGGAGGUUUGUGUUGACGCUUUUUAACUUUGCCAAGAGUAGAAGCCAAUAGAAUAGUCAAUAGACUAAACGGAAAGACAGACCCCUUCAACAAUCGUGUGUUUCAACAAUGCCAGCGAAUGGCAUGUACCGCUGCUGUUGAUGACGACGGUGACGAUGGUGAUGAAGAUGACGAAGACGUGGCUCUGUGUUCUUUCCGAGCAGGCAGUGUGACUUUGUAUAUCUCCAUGCUGAGAGAUAGGACAGUAUUAAUGUCUCCCUCUAGCGAUGCUUACUGUGAUAAUGCAUAGUAAUAUGAAUAACAAUUAAUAAUAUUAAUAAACAGUGUACUCAA